AUGGCUUGCCAAAACUUAAAUGGUCUGUCGUCACGGAAUUUAAAAAAACCACCCUCCCUCACGAACGGUACGAUAAAGGAAGAGGACUACAGCGCGGCCCCCGAGUAUUUCAUAAAAUGUCCGCAAUGUCAGAAGGGAUGUCAAACCUUCCAGGCCCUCAAAGAGCACAUGGACGCCUUUCACGCAGAACUGUCGGCCAAUUCCGAGAAUGGUAACCUUUCCAUACCCAACGCGGCUUCGCCCACGCCCACACUGGCCGGCACAGCACCCUCCCUCACGAACGGUACGAUAAAGGAAGAGGACUACAGCGCGGCCCCCGAGUAUUUCAUAAAAUGUCCGCAAUGUCAGAAGGGAUGUCAAACCUUCCAGGCCCUCAAAGAGCACAUGGACGCCUUUCACGCAGAACUGUCGGCCAAUUCCGAGAAUGGUAACCUUUCCAUACCCAACGCGGCUUCGCCCACGCCCACACUGGCCGGCACAGGUGGGCCAUUUGGGUGUUCCCAGUGCACGGCAUCUUUUUCCUCCAAGGACCAGCUUGAAAAGCACGAGCUUUUGCAUUCGCCCAACGCUCAAGUGUCCUGCAAGAUUUGCAACAAAACCUUCGCCAACGUCUACCGGCUCCAGAGGCACAUGAUUAGCCACGACGAGAGCGCGGUUCUAAGGAAAUUCAAGUGCACAGAAUGCGACAAAGCGUUCAAAUUCAAACAUCACUUAAAGGAACACAUUAGAAUCCACAGCGGGGAAAAACCGUUCGAAUGCGGAAAUUGCGGAAAGCGCUUUUCUCAUUCAGGAUCCUAUUCUAGUCACAUGACAUCAAAGAAAUGUUUAGUAAUGAAUCUCAAGUUAGGUAGAAGUAGGGCACCCUCGAAUAGCUCGCUGCUAGAUAAGAACGUCCAGCAGAAUCUGAGAGGCCCAAAGAGGUCCUCCAUGAGUCCGAUAAACAACAACAUCACAACUAGUCCUAAUCAUAAUAAGUAUUUGCCGAUCUUACCGAAAUAUUCAGAAGCGGCGGCGGCAGCGUUAUUUCAGUCGUCGCUGGCGGGAAAUCCCACAAUGUCUCCGUUUUAUCUAGCACCCCCUAGUCUUCUAAAUGCUGGUCAUCCUAUUAGUCCGUACACAGUGCCAGCACUGGGACAUUUACUAGAGCAGUUGCAGCAACAGAGUGCGCAAAGGAUGAGUCCACUAGCACCACAGUUACUAGAUAGUAUAGAGUGUACCUCUGAGGAAUCAAAGCCACACGAACCCUUCCACAAUGUAAAUAAUUUCGAAAGCACUAGUGUUAAGUCAGAAAAUAAUGAAAAUGUACACCAUUCAAAUUCUUCUGAGUGUGGAGACUUAGUAAUGGAUGAAGAAGCAGACGCAGAGACUGAAAACCAAAGUAAAUCUGAAACCAAUGCCAUUGAACAUAGUACAGCUAAUAAUGGAGACUUAGAAGCAGUAAAAAGAAUCCUAGAAACCGUAAAUGCGACAGUUACCAAAGAAUUAUUGCAGGCUAAUAUGCGAAAAGUAUCUUCAGAAUCUUCUAAUGACUCCCACAGCAUAACGCCAGCACAUUCCCCAAAACAAAUGCUACAUUGUAGUAUUUGCAAGAAAACCUUCGAAAACUCCAACUUACUGGAAGAACAUGAGUGUGAGGACCUAAGAAGCGAAGGCCUAGCAGCAAAACUAGAAGAUGCUCUAACCACAAAAUCUGAUGAUGCUCAAAAUGACAGCAUUAGUGGAGCUGAAGAUCAAGACUACGACAAACAUUACAAUACAAACGAUGAAGUAGACUCUGAGUCAUUUACGACAACUGACCAUGUUUCAGAGGAUGGUAGGAAAGUUAGAGUAAGAUCGCUGAUAUCUGAUGAACAGCUGAAAGUGUUAAAAGACAAUUAUAAAUUAAAUCCUAGACCGAAACGGGAGGACCUAGAGAAAAUUGCAGCUACUAUUGGGUUUCCAGUUAGGGUGGUUCAAGUAUGGUUUCAGAAUACCAGAGCUCGAGACAGACGAGAAGGUCGAUUAAUACAAGUACCAUAUAGUCCCGCUUCUUCUUUACCUCGAUACCCAUCAAGUAUCAUGCCUUUAAACUCUGGAAACCAUAAAGUCUCCUUAAGUAUGUCUCCAAAUCAGUAUAUUUCAGAGCAACCACUAGACCUUUCUAUUAAAAAAGAACUCAAAUCAAACGAAUCAACCCCAUCUAGUUCUCCACGAAGGCCGUCUUCUGCCAAUCUCCACUCGGAAGGCAUCGAUGAGGUUGUCAAUCUCAGCAGAAAGACAUCCAGGAGCCCUACUCCUUACAUGCAUUACCAGAAUCACUACCACAGCUCGAAUUCCUCCGAGCCCCGCCAGUCGCCUUCUCCUCUGGACUUCAACAGUAGCCGUUUGGCUCAAAUUUUAGCACAACCAGCCCACAAACUUGCCUUACCCGGCAUGGGUCUGGUACCCAUGGACCAAUUAAUGCAGUUUGGAGCUACGGAUCUUCCAAGCCUCUCUCAACUUAUUAGCAGUAGGAUAUCUAGCCUAAGUCCCAACUCAGAUAAGAGGGCAUGGAGCGAAGGAAGGGAGAUUCAAAACAGUAUGUCCGAAGAUGACAUGUCGAAUGCCAGUAAGAGGAGUAAAAUGUCACAAUUCGUCCUGAAGAGCCUCGGCAGUCCAGUGUUGGGAAACCAAGAAGCUGAAGUUGAAGGCCAAUUUACCUGUGAUCAAUGUGAUAAAUCCUUCUCGAAACAAAGUUCACUCGCUAGACAUAAAUACGAACAUUCAGGUCAACGUCCUCACAAAUGUGAUGAAUGCCCCAAAGCUUUCAAACACAAACAUCACCUUACUGAACACAAAAGACUUCAUAGUGGAGAAAAACCAUUUCAGUGCAGUAAAUGUCUAAAGAGAUUUUCUCAUUCUGGUUCAUACAGCCAACAUAUGAACCACCGGUAUUCGUACUGUAAACCGUACAGAGAGUAAAUAAUGUAAAAUUGGUGUGAUGUACAUAAGCCAAGUUAGUCAUUGUACCUACUACUAACUAAAAAUAUGUCUUGCCAAAAUAAUAUUAAUAUUACGUUUUGUACAUAUUGUUUUAAAAAACUUAAGAGAGAUUAUACAAAUAUUUAUGACUUAAACCUAACAGUAAUUUGAAAAAAAUAUAUUUCUUUUUUUUUAUAGUAAUUCAAAUGAAAGUGUUAACUUCUAGAAGGUGCAUAGCCAUAAAUGUGCAAUUAGUAUGUGUCACAAAAAUAUUUUCUUAAUCAGAGUGUUCGUGCACCUUUUGGAAUGAACGGCAUUACCCAUUAACGUUUAUUUUUAUAUGGUUUUUAUGUAAAUUUGGACAUUCUGAUAGAAAGACGUUUUAUUAAUGAAUAUUUGUAUGAGAGUUAAUUUAGUAUAGCUUGUAAAUAACUUGUCUGGUACCUGUAUAAGAAUACUCAUAGUAUACAGUCGAGCAGUGCCAGAAAAUCAACCGUCUUCCACCACUUGUAUCUGUAGUGGUGUAACAGCAGGCAAUGGGGCACCAAGGCAAUGGUCGAAAAAAUUAAUAGUCGUUACGUGCAAUUGAUGAAUUUAAAACAAUUUAAAUGCCAUAAGUUACCAUUAAAUUAGUCGGGUAUAUAUUAUAAAAAAAAGUUUAUUGUGAUUGGAAGAUUUGAGAUAUUAUUUUUUUAUUAUUACCAGUAUGUAGAUAUGUAAUAUAAUUCUUGCUUUAUAAGUGCCAUAUACCAACGAAAUUGUAUAGCCCAAAUGUAGCAAAUUUGGUUUCGAUACAUCGAUAAUACCGUAGAAUAUAAGAAAUUGGUAACCUGCCUAUAUAGUUUGUAAACAGUACAAUAAGAGGCGAGCCGCAGCAGCCACUGCAUUUAAGGUGUUACUUGACAAUACGUAGUGCUGAUAGUUUCAACAAUACAAUGAAAAAUGGUGCAAGUCGUUACUCACUAACUUUUAUAAGCAUUUAAUUAAAAGAAAUUAUAUUUGUAAGUUAACGGUGAUUUAGUUACCAAUUUAUUUACUGAGAAUAUAUUUUAGAGUACUUUAAAAGCAAAACAUAAAUAAGCAUCAUUCCAAAUUAUGUACCUAAGAUUAUUUCCAGUGUGUGAGUUUAUAUUAUAAUAUAUGUAAGGUUUUUUGACAAUAACGUAGUCAUUUGAUAUAAAACUAUUUACUUAGUACUGCUAAUGUUAACUGAUAAAAAAGUAGCAUUUAUUAUAUAGAUAUCUCAAGGUAUGUGAGAACAAAUUCGAAUAAUAAAUAUAUAUUAUAUAUACAAUUUAUAAUAUUAAUGCAUAUAAAUUUUAAUAAUUACUUAAGAUACUCUAUGAAUUUCUGUGUAUAGGUAUUCUGUAAAUACUGAAUGUUUAUUCCUUCUUCUUGUCUAGACUUUCUAUUUCCUUUCAGACACGUGUUAUGUCUGACAUAUAAAGUUUAUCUAGAUUUAAUCAUCUAUUAUACAAAUUAAAUUCUCUUUAUUUUUAUAUUCUAUUUUCUGCCAAGAUUUAGUCAUUUCUUUGGUGCAUAUUUAUUUUGCAUCUUAUUGUUGUGUGGAUUUUUUUGUUAAUAUUGUAUUUUUUACAUUGGCUAGUUUUACCAAAGAAUCUGUAAUAUAUUUAGCCAUAGAGUUUAAAUUGAAAUCCAUUUUUGUUUAUUAUUUCUUUUAUGUUUAAAAGUUUUUUAUUGUAUUUUUUAUAUAUAGUUGGUCUUGUAAAAAUGGUGAUUAUAAGGGAUGUCUGUGUAAAUUCUAUUACGAAAAGUUGGAAAAUGUAUUUUAUUCAACACAAAUAAAAUCUAAAAAUUC